CAAAGAUUCCUCGUCUCUGCAUUGAUUUAUCUGAUCAGGGGACGGGGUCUCAUUUUCCAAGAUCGUCCUUUGAAUAUUAAUCUACAUUUGCCUCAGUAUUUCAAAGUUUGUUCAUAAUUUGGGUAAACGAUGGCUCAGCUCCAGCAAGGAGGUCCAGAUGAAAAAGAGAAGACCACUGCAUUAAAGGAUUUAUUGUCUAGAAUAGACUUGGAUGAACUAAUGAAAAAAGAUGAGCCACCACUUGAAUUUCCUGAUACUUUGGAAGGAUUUGAGUACAUUUUUAAUGAAAAAGGGCAAUUAAGACACAUUAAAACUGGGGAGCCAUUUGUUUUUAAUUAUCGUGAAGAUUUGCAUAGGUGGAACCAAAAGCGCUAUGAAGCCCUUGGAGAGAUCAUUACUAAAUACAUUUAUGAACUACUGCAGAACGAAUGCCACUUGAAGAAAGUAACUCUUCCAGUUGAUGCAGUUGAGACUGAACCAAAGAGCUUUAUCUUUAUGAGUGAAGAUGCAUUAGUAAAUCCUGACAAGCUGUUGGUCCUAAUUCAUGGUAAUGGUGUUGUCAGAGCUGGUCAGUGGGCUAGGAGACUCAUAAUUAAUGAAGAUCUGGACAGUGGAACACAGAUACCGUACAUAAAGAGAGCUAUUGAGGAAGGCUAUGGAGUAAUAGUUCUGAAUCCCAAUGAGAACUAUAUUGAAAUUGAGAAGACCAAAGCCCAAGUACAGCUGUCUUCUGAUAUCUCAGAUGAACCUGCAGAAAAGAGAGAAAGGAAAGAUAAAAUCCAGAAGGAAACAAAGAAGCGACGUGACUUCUAUGAAAAGUAUCGAAAUCCACAAAAAGAAAAAGAAACUAUGCAGAUCUAUAUUAGAGAUAAUGGCUCUCCUGAAGAACAUGCGAUUUAUGUUUGGGACCAUUUUAUUUCCCAGUCAGCUGCAGAGAAUGUGUUUUUUGUUGCUCACAGUUAUGGUGGACUUGCCUUUGUAGAGUUGAUGAUUCAACGAGAGGCAGAAGUAAAGAAUAGGGUAACUGCUGUGGCGUUGACAGACUCAGUUCACAAUGUGUGGCAUCAAGAAGUUGGGAAAACUAUUCGAGAGUGGAUGCGAGAGAACUGCUGUAACUGGGUGUCCAGCUCCGAGCCCCUGGACACGUCAGUGGAGUCCAUGCUGCCAGACUGUCCCCGUGUCUCUGCAGGUACAUCCAUUUGUUUGCAGUACAGAACGCCAUGAACUAACUUCUUGGAAGAGUUUUCCAUCUGUUUUCAAAUUCUUCAGUGAGGCUGUAAAGGCGAAGAACAGCUUGGUGAAACCAACCCAAACACGGCGCUCCAACAGGAUAAAAUAUGAAGAAUUUUAAAAGGAGGGGAGGAAAAAAACCCACCACCACCAAUGUCUUUGCUGCUUGUUUUCUGCAAGGAGCCUCCCAGCCCCUCAUUAGAUUGUUUUCUUCCUAGAGCACAGGGUCGUGAUGUAUACAUCUAAAUAGCGUUUUGCAUUAUUUCUAGAUGAGUGCAACUGUCAAAGCAAUAUGGGUUCAGUGGUUGUGCUUCCUGUGGGCUGUAACUUGGAUUUUGUGCUGCCCAUCAGAGUGCAGAUUAAGGCUGACAGUGGUACUGCACAGUGCAGCAUGGUGCAGCUCUAAUUGCCCUGACAUAGCCCUGCACCAAGCUGAUGCCAGAAUUUAACAGCUUCUUUGCAGUCCUGUUGCCUGCAGGAUAUUUUGCAGUUUCCUUCUUUUUUGAGACAGAACAAAAUACAAAUUACUCUUUUCUAAAACACGGACCUGACUCAAACAUGUUAACCAGCCUAUGAUUUUACACCUAGUAGCCUUCUCUUUCUCUGGGACCAAGUGGAAUUGACUUCUAACUCUCUCAUUUUUCUGCUGUCAAGAGUGUCCAAGAAGUUUGGCCCAGAAUUCUAAAAAGGCUCCAUUGUUGAAGAGAUUUUCUCUUGCUAGAUCAACGGCUUUAUCUGUAGAUCUUCUCUUCCUUUGGAAAGCUCUACUUUAAAAAAUGCUUUUCUUUAACAGGCUGGAUCACACUGUGAAGUAUGACAUAAAAAAAUAUAGACACACUGCAUAUUUUUGUGUUUAUUUUUAAACACAAAAAUGCUUCCAUUUUCAUAUGCUGAGUUUGUAAUGACUUGCCAUCCCAUAGAUAUUCCCUUUUCCCUAAACUCACAGGUUCCUCCCCACUUUACCUUCUCUCUGACAAAGGUUGGCAAGCAGGGCACUGUGUGGGGAUUUCACACCAUGCAUGGGGGGCUAUGUAGAUGUAGCCAUAACUGUUGUGUUAGGCAGGUUUUCUCCGCUAAAACUGAGGGAAAAGAUGCGUUUGAUAGCAUGCCCAGUGAGCAAGCACUCUAAUUAAGCUCCUUUGGUGUUGAUAAUACUAAAUUAGAGUUGUCCUUUCUUUAAUGGCCAUGCCCACCUCACCUCUGAUACUGUUAGUGGCAAGGAGGCACCUCUCAGACAUGAGUUUUGGACCCGAUCCCACCCUCUCUUCAUGCAGUGUGUCCAGUCCUGCAGCUGGGGGCCAGAAGUGGUGGUGCGGAGCAUUAAAACAAGACAGUGCCAAAGCAGGGGUAGCCUUCUAUGCCACAGGGCAAAAGCACAAAUGCUCAUAGUGAGGUGUAAAGGGAAACCCAGCUGGGUUUGGGCCUAAAUCCUCCAGGCCGGGGGCUCUCAGCGCCUUAGAGUGCUUACAUCCAUCCCUACCUGCUCAUACUGGUAGCAGGGCUUCAUUUCCCCAGCUGCUGCUUCUUGUCAUCUUGCUGCAUUUGAGCUCUGCCCUUGGGGAAGGGUGCUUGGAGCAAACCCCUGGUGGGGGCUGUGCCUAUGUGGACGAAGUGCAGUAUCUGUGCCUGGCAGAUUUUCUUCCUGGAGGGGAACUUAUUGCUGGGGGGAGAGGACUGCACCCAGAUUCCUCUGGCUUCCGGUCUCUGCCCUCACUCGCAGUCAGAGGAUGCUGCUGCCUGUGGCCAGCCUGAUCCCCCACUGCGGAAGUCUACAACCCCUCCCCUCCCCAGGUCCGUGUCCACCCCGGCCCUCUGGACCCUGUGUGUUGAGGGUUAAGGUGAGAGUUUACAUGGUGUGGUUUGGGUGUCUGUACUUCAUCCCACAGCAAAGGAACAUGCAGAGGCCAGGGAAGUUUGCACAUGCACACAACCAGACCUACCACUCUCCAUCUCUGUGGAAGUGAGAUGGACUCUCUAGGGUGCCCUAAUAUUGGAGGAGCAGAUCUAUUUUUUUAACUGUUGAUGAGAAACAAACUACAAACAUUUUUACUGUAACACCAUUUUUCUAAAAAAUUUUUCUUUACUGUGCCCUGGGCCCAGCUCACUAUUAUCGCUCCUGUGGGGGGCUGUAGAGCAGAGGGGAUCCUCACCACUGAUACUGCUCUGCUUGCAAUGAACAAAAAAUAAAUAUGCUUUCUUCUCU